CAGCUGUGGAAAAGCUGCCAAAUCAGCUAAAAGCCAAAGCAAGUUAAAAAAGGCAACCAACUGUUGCCGCCGGAGCUGUGAAAAAUAGAAAGUAAAUUAGUCUGGUUUUUCCCGCAAUUAUUGCAAUUAUGGACCUAAAGCAGCGCACCUACCUCCUGGUGACGGGGGCUUCUCGUGGCAUUGGUCGCGAGUUUGCCCAGCAGCUGGCAAAGCGGAUAGCAGCCGAGGGGUCCGUGGUCGCUCUUCUCGGACGCAACCAGCCCCUUUUGGAGGAGGCCAAAGCACAGAUCGUAGCCAGCACACCGGAGCUCCCCGUGCACACCUACUCCCUGGAGCUGGAGACGGCCAAAACGGAGGACUUUGCCCAGAUUCUGGAGACUUCCGCGGGAAAGAAGUCCUUCGAGCGGGCCAUAGUCAUCCAUAAUGCCGGCACCGUGGGCGAUACCUCCAAGAGGGCCAAGGAAAUCGGGGACACCCACUUCCUGCAGAAGUAUUACCACACCAACGUCUUCUCCGCCAUAUCCCUGAACUGCGAGUUCAUGCGCGUCUUCCAGGGAAUCCCAAAGUUGGUGGUCAAUCUGAGCACCUUGGCCGCCAUUGCGCCUAUUUCCUCGAUGGCUCACUACUGCACGGUGAAGGCAGCCCGCGAGAUGUACUUCCGGGUGCUGGCCACGGAGGAGUCCUCGAAGGACACCCUGGUGCUCAACUACGCGCCCGGCGUGAUAGACACCCAGAUGACCGUGCAGGUCCAGCGGGAGGCCCACGAUCCCGCCGUGGUCGCCAUGUUCCGGGAGCAAAGGGAGGCCAAGACCAUGCUGACCACCGCCCAGACCACGGAGCGCUUCAUCCAGGUCCUGGAGGCGCUCAAGUUCAAGUCCGGCGACCAUGUGGACUACAGGGAUGAGCUGAUUUAGCUUGCUUAUAAUUAUGUGAUCUGUGGUAUUGGGUUCUUGUAUUAAAACAUUCAAAGAUAUCAAAUUUCAAAGUCUAUUUGUCUCAUAAAGAAAUCAUUUUUUACCCUUA